UUUACAUCUAGGACAUCCUAGCUGACACUGCCCUGGCACACAGGAUGUAGGUGGGAGCUGUGGAAGGGCUUGUUUCAAAAUUACAGAUCUCGAGCCUGAGGUAAGGUAGUAGUUUUCGAGCGCCAUCAUGGCGCGGGAGCAGGGCUUUGUUCUCCUCUCCUCUCUGGUCCUGGCCAUUGCCUUCGCCACGUCAGGGGUGUCUGCCAUCACCAGUCCUGCCGAUGUCACUGCCAUCAGGAAUCUUUACACCGCCCUUGGGAGGCCCGCUAAGCUGGCGCUUUGGGCAGAUCCACUUUUGGCGCUUGACCCGUGUAACGGCACCGGCCCCGCUGUUCCCUCAAUCAACUGCACGCUCGCGGCGCCACCAGCGACAUAUGUGAUCACAACUGUGGAUUUGAGGAACACAGGUCCUUACAGUGGGGUCGCUCCCCCAGAGAUCGGAGCCUUCCCCAGCCUGCAAAACCUCUAUCUCACGGGCCUCAACUUUUCUGGCAUUCCCACCGCCGUUGGGGGGCUGCAACAACUUCAAACUCUGGCCAUCGACAACAAUGUCAUCACCACGCUACCCAAUGAACUUGCCAACAUUAAGAACCUUACGUCUCUCACCCUGGGCGGAAACCAGUUUUCUAUUCUGCCACCCGUUGUCCCGCUGCUGACCAGCCUCAUCCGCCUAGAUCUGAGCUAUAACUACUGGGCGCAGCCCUUCCCAGAGACCAUGGGCAACUUGAGAAGUCUCCAGGCCUUCAUCGCAAUGAGCUCCAACCUCCAGACUGCGUUUGGCGGACCUUACUUCCCAGCUUGGAUGCUCAACCUCAAAGUCCUUGGAGAGAUCAUUCUGGAUUUCAACCCUACUUUUGGAGCAACCCUGAAUGCCACUCUUGGCACUUUGCCCCUGCUUGGAUACCUCAGCUGUGUACAAUGUGGACUCAAAGGCCCCAUCCCCGCAACAUUUGGACAGUCCCAGUACCUUGGGGCACUCCACCUGUCCAACAACUUUUUGAACGGCACCAUCCCCCCUCCUUUGGGAAAUCUGUCCCUCUAUCUCCACGAUCUGAAGUUGGACCAGAACAACUUGACUGGCCCAAUCCCUCCGGAGCUGGCCAAGCUCCAGACGGUGUACCUGGACCUGAGCUCCAACCAACUGAAUGGCACCCUGCCCCUCGAGUUUUACAACGCCACGGGCGUCAUCUAUCUGCAAAACAAUCAGCUCACGGGGCCACUGCCCUACUUCCUGAACAAAACGGCGGCCCAGUUCAUCGUCACCAACAACAAGUUCUGCUCGAACGUCAUUGGUCAGCUCUGCGGCAACGUGACGGACUCCUAUAUCUUGAGAGCUCUCCGGUACUCGCUAGGCAACCCGCCGCUGCUCCGCAACUGGACGGGCGAUGCUCCCUGCAACUCGUCCUGGGCCGGGGUGACCUGCAACUCUACGACAGGGGAGUCGGCAGUGGCGGUGAAUGCAUCACGGGUUCAGGCGUUUGGGACCAUCCCCGACGUCAUCGGCGGCCUCACCGGCCUGCAGAGCCUGGACCUGAGCUACAACAGCAUCAUCGGCUCUCUCCCCUCGUCGCUGGGCAAUUUGACGAACCUGGUGACGCUGCUGCUGAACAACAACGCCCUGAACGGGAGCAUCCCCGCGUCCCUGGCCGCGCUGCCCAGCCUGCAGACGGUCGACCUGUCGUACAACCGGUAUCCCGCGGGGGCGCUGCCAGCCGGCCUCACCAACGUGACCAACAUCAACAACCAGACGGCAGCGGUAGCUCGUUAGCUUGACUCAAGUGAAGACAAGGUGGCUAUGAGGCUCAUCUCGGGCAGUUACCCGGGUCUAGGUGGAAUGAUACCAGAUUAGCAAGGGGCUGCCUGCCAAGGCAAAGGACAUCCGGUCUUGGCAAGUGUCCAAUAGGCUUUUACUGCGGAUCUUAACUUAUUGAGGACUGCACCUAAAAUUCUAGAUUAGUUGGAGAAAAGAGUGUCGAGUCUUUGUUUUACCGUUGCUGUUGUUGCCAACUCUUAUCUUAUAUCAACUGUCAUACGUUUUAUCGCGCUAAGCCAAAGCUGGAUUGCUACGAUCGCUUUUUUGAGCCUUUCUAACUAUUGGCCCGGGCGGCUGUCUCGAU